CAUAAUUUGCUUUACAGGUAGCGGUAGAAGAAUGAUUUAAUUGUUAUAUUUUUCCUAAUUUAAAUACAAAUACUUUUUACUCUGCAUGUUAAAUUGUUUUUAUAAGUUUACAUUACAAUACUUAAGGCCGUUUAUCUGUUAUGAGCACACAAACAAAUCAAACGCUAACUAGUGUUAAUAUGAAGGAUAUUAACGAUUUUAAUAUACCCAAUUUAAUGGAUUUAGCACCUUUGAGCAAUACAACUGAAACCAGCACAAGUUCGGUGGUAAUAAAAUCUGUCAUCACCAGUGUUUCGCAUGAAAAAACCAAUGGUGAAGCUGAAGUUAUAACUACAAAAACUACAACACAUGAAGAAAGUCAAUUCUAAAAAACAACAACAACAGCAACGUUUAAUAAUAUAUAAAAUCAUAUAUAGCGCACUGCACUUUAGAGAUUAAAAACCAACAAACAAACUAACAACAACAUCAACUCACUUAUUUUCCCCCUGACGCCACCUGCUGCAUGGUAUAAUCUAUUAUAAAUUUAAGUUCUUUUCGCCACUUUGUUUAUGUUUCUUUCUCUGUUUUGCAAAAUCUAUUGUCUUUAGAUUUUCUUUCUGUUAAACUAUUUUAAAUUCUAUAGAAAUUAGUUUUAUACUUUAGUUUUUAGUUUCUCUGUCCAUUUUGUUUAGUUCUUUAGGUUCUCUUUAACAUUCGCACUUUUCAUAAACAUCCAAAACGGAAAACGGCCGUUUAAAAUAUUUAAAAACAAAUCUAUUCUAUUCAUUUACUUUGUACACAUUUAAAUAUAUAAAUUUAUUUUUUUUUUUUUUGUUUAACUUUUUUAAGUAUUACUUUUAUUCUCUUAAAAGCACUUUUUCACUUGAAUUAUUUUUUUGUUUUUUAUAAAAAAAAGAAGAAAAAAACAUACAUUUUAUUUUAUUUAAAAUAUUUUUUUUACAAGAGAAAUUUAAUUUUAAAAAAUAUCAUUAUUAAAAACAAAAAAAUGAGCAUUUAUCAUAAAAAAAAUCAUUUAAAAACAAACUUAAAGUACAACUCCGCAAUUGCCUUAAGUACUUUUUACAAAACAAAUUUUAAAUAUUAAAAAAAAAAUACAGAAAUAAUUAAAUAUGGCAAUAUGUUUUAGUUUACUUUCACCCUCCAUAGUUUAUAAAAAAACAAAUAUUGUCUCGUUGUUGCAUUUUCUUAAAAUAUUUUAUUGUUCCGACUUUCUGAUAUGCAUUUUAAAAAUAAUUUGUUUUUCUUUAUCAUUCUUACUAAAUCAAAACA